AUGUCGAAGCAUCAUCCUGAUUUAAUCAUGUGCAGGCGUCAGCCCGGAAUCGCCAUCGGGCGACUAUGCGAGAAAUGUGAUGGCAAAUGCCCUGUCUGUGAUUCCUACGUACGCCCAGAAACGCUCGUGCGCAUUUGUGAUGAGUGCAAUUUCGGUACUUACGGUGGACGAUGCAUCAUCUGCGGUUCGCCAGGGAUCUCGGACGCGUACUACUGCGCGGAAUGCACCAGAUUAGAGAAAGACCGCGACGGGUGUCCCAAGAUCGUCAAUUUGGGAGCGAGUCGGACAGACCUCUUCUAUGAACGCCGUCGUCUAGGGUUCAAGAAGGGAUAG